AUGAAGGACUCACUGUACGAUCGUCUCUGGCGCCGAGAAUGCGGGGAGCUAUCGCCGACUACCGGGCUCCGAGAGCUUUACGGCUCUAACGAGUGGAUUGACGACCUGGACAUCGUAAAUGAGCUUGGAGGACACACAGGAUGUGUGAAUGCUCUCAGUUGGUCCCAUUCAGGUCGUCUCUUGGCUUCAGGCUCGGAUGACCAGCAUUUGAACGUAUACUCAUACCAACCCGAAUCCUCAAAUGCCCCCUUCUCGCUCAGCACCACCGUGGCCACGGGUCACAAGGCCAACAUCUUCUCCGUCAAGUUCAUGCCACAUUCCAACGAUCGCACCCUGAUCACCUGUGCCGGUGACUCCCAGGUGCGCGUCUUCGACAUCGAACACUCCACCAGCAACAGCAAUACGAACGCCAAUGCGACUUCGGCAUUUGCGGCUUCGGCUCGGAGCCGACGCUUCAACAACUUCUUUGAAGGGACACGUUAUUUGAGUGAAGGUAAUACCAAUGCUAGGGUCUACCGGAGCCAUGCCGAUCGCGUGAAACGGAUCGUCACCGAGUCGUCGCCGUACCUCUUCCUCACAUGUUCCGAAGAUGGCGAGGUCCGACAGUGGGACUUGCGCCAGCCGUCGUCUGCGUACCCCUCGCCCCGGGGUGGCCAGGGCUUCAUGGCCUACCGACCGGGCUUGGACCAUGAUGACUCAAACGUUCCUCCGCCACUUAUCUCCUACAAAAAGUUCAGUCUUGAUCUCAACACGAUCUCAUGUUCCCCUACUCAACCGCAUUACAUCGCCCUGGGCGGUGCCCAUAUGCACUGCUUUCUGCAUGACCGGCGCAUGCUUGGGCGAGAUAUCUCGGCCGAAAAAGGCACCCCCGACGUGGCCACCCCGAUCGCUGGCAGUGUUGAUGAUGAGUUGAUGGGUAAGGCGACUCGAUGCGUGCGACGAUUUGCACCCAGAGGCAAACGUCGUAUGCGCCACCUUGACGAUGGGCACAUCACUGCAUGCAAGAUCAGCGAUGCAAAUCCGGAUGAAAUGGUAGUCAGCUGGUCUGGAGACCACAUCUAUAGUUUUGACCUGAUCCGCAGUCCAGAUGCCCGUGAUACUUCAUCUGAAGAGAGUUCGAAGUCAAAGGGCACAGGCGCGCGUCGCAAGAAUGGUUCGCGAAACCGGAAGCGCAAGCGCGCGAAGCCCACAUCAAUGUCAUCACAGGAGAGCGGCGACCGGCAUCAUUCUCGACGUCGGUCGGAAGAUCCUGAUACGUUGCACGUACAGUACGAAAAUGGAGAGUCUUCCGAUAUCCCGUUCCGGGAAAUUUCUGAGGGGGCUGAGACACCGGAGGGCAUGCUCGAGCGUGCUAGGUACUCGGUGCUGAACGAUGCUCAGCGUUUGAGCAUGGAUAUUGCGAAAGGGCUUGUGAAGCUUCGACAGGCACUGUUCUCUCUUAGGGCGACUGCCAGGGAGGCUACGGAGUCUGAACAGUCAGACAUAACGCCGUAUUCCGAUUCGUUCCGGACUGCUUUAGGCCUGGCAUCCACGUACCUGCCCUUGAUGGAUAAAGUCAUGCGGGAAUGGACGUACCCGUUGAAUCCAUCUCAGGACACCGUUCGUUUUGAGCGAUCUCUUCGCGAGAAUCGUCAGGCCUCUUGGAGAUUCGUGCAAGCUGCUGGAACUCUCGCGCGAGUGUUACUGCGCCCUACAGACCAUUCAAUGGCCCCGAUAGACUUCGCGCAGAUUUUCCCUGCACCAAAUGAGGAUGGUCAUAUUGACCGGGAGGCGCAGUUUGGAUACGACUUCCUCAAGGCAAUUCUUCUAUGGCUGCAGGGGGGUCGACAAGAACUUCUUCGAGGUUUCAGACGCGGCUCUUGUGGUCCCAGAGUGUCUGGAAGAUUUCCUCUGGAUGCGGAUGCUGACGAGGAGGCGAUCGACAGCGUGCUUCUUCCUUACCUUCAGGACUUGGCUGGAGAUAACUCCAUCGUGAACGUGGAUGCCUCGCGGUUUGAACAGGACUCUACGCGAAUCGUCUUUCAGACCCAGAAAGCUGCCGUGACUGCAUUCGGGAACGCCGUGAAGUUGCCUCUGGAGAACCUCGGAACCUCGGCUGCUCGCGUUGAUAAGCGCCGCGUAUCCAAUCCCUCUUCCCAGGUUCGAUCUCUUGACCGAGCCUCUGCAACUAGGUUCUGGAUUCUGCGCGUAGGUCGAGGGAUUUUGAUGCAAGCUGGCAACGGUGUCAACUACUCGUUCGUCAACCGUGCUUUCGGCGGACUUCAUACAUCAGCUGUGGAAUCCGACAGUGACAUUGACGUGGAAAGAUCCCAGAAUGAUGCCGAGGCCAACGAGGAGGAACAGGCAAUUCGGACCAUCAAUCUCGUGAGAUCUGGUGGCUCUGCGCGGGCAGCGGCUGACGCAACCUCGACACCUUCGGACGGUGACGAGGGCGAAUCCUCCUCCGAUGACGUCUUUGAUCGCUUACCUGUGACCCAUGAAAGCGACAGUGAUAACGGUGAAGAAGGCGAAGAAGGCGCAGAUAUCAGCGACGUCGAGAGCGAUGGGCACGACGGUGAUGGCUGGCAGAUGGACUUGGUCGGCUCGGAUUCAGACGAUUCAGAGGAUUCAGAGUCCGACGAGCCUCUCUAUCUACGGGGUGCGACUCGGAAAUCACGAAGAGGCGAUGUUGAACUGGACACACCCUGUUUCGCUCAUACACGGGUGUAUCGGGGUCACUGCAACAUCAAGACUGUCAAGGACGUCAACUUCUUCGGACUAAAUGACGAGUACGUGGUGAGUGGCAGUGACUCGGGCCAUGUGUUCAUUUGGAACCGCGAAACUGCCGAACUGGUCAAUAUCUUGGAAGGCGAUAGCGAGGUCGUCAAUGUCGUUCAAGGCCACCCUUAUGAGCCGACCCUUGCGGUGUCGGGUAUCGAUAACACGAUCAAGGUCUUCUCUCCAGACCGACACGCGCAAGAACAGGCUCGCCGAGGCCGCCAUAUUCUUGACCCGGACAACCCGGUCAAUGCCCUCGGAUCUACCGAGCUCAACCUGGGUGGCCUUCAAAGCCGCAAACGUCUCUCGGACAGCUAUCGCAUCAUGAGCCAGAAUGAUGUCGACCGCCGCGGCGGUAUGAGCGAAGCCUAUAUCACGGUAGAGUCUCCCAGUCCCCCAUCAGGUGUCUCGGACAUCCCAGAGGAAUCCAGCUACUGA